UGCGCAGCGGCCACUUUUGAAACCACAGUCCUUGACGGUUAAUUAUCACAGUUUUAAAUUUAUUAUUUCUAUUUUAUUGUGGUCCAUGAGUUUCGUACUCUUUGAUUAAGAGGAAAAGUUGUUCAAUCGGAUUACAUCAACGUGGGCGACUCUAGAACGAAAACCCUAAAUUGCAAGGGCACGUGAAUUUUUUGGAGCGUUCAGGUGAAAUUUUUUGGACAACAUCAAUAUGGAGACUUUGGAGCGUUCUGGUGAGGACAAGGCAGCUCCACCUGAAGAAGAAAUAGAAAAAGCCAGACUAAAAGACAAAAGACUUUUUAAAACUAAACUAAGUCUAAACCUUAAAAUGCCAUUACUCCGACGAGACAGUAGAAGCAAACUUCUGCGCAAAAUCGACGAAGAGAGCGAAUCGAUCAUUCUUCAAGACGGUCAGAUCGUACGGCUACGUUCAACUUCGACUUCCUCAUCUCGGUCCUACAAUGGUGAGAUUGCGCAUGCAAAGCUCUGUCAAUCAGGAAGUUGCUCGUCUUUUUCAUCGGGAUCACCGGCGGAUUUUUCCCUUCCGGCUACCCCAGAUAGCCCUGCUUUAGGCAUUGAACAACUGUUCACUUUGCGACAAAAUUCGAAUGGGAGUUUACAUUCAUCCCCAUCAGCCAGUUCUCUCUCGGAGAAAAUUUCUUCUGAUAAUUUCACUCAAAAACUUCGUAAUAAUAUGAGCUACAGAGAUUACUCAACGCCUUCUACGCCUGAAAGUCCAACUCCAGAUAUUGACAAUUUGUUUGCCCAGCGACUUCGAGUGACCAUGAGUUCGCCCGACUCAAUGGCUCACGUCAAGGCGCUGGCACACAAACUUAAAUUCAACCCCAAUGCGUCUAUAGAAACAAAUGAGUUUAAAAUACGAAAGAAAUUACUAGACGCACAAAGCGAGGAAAAAACAGCGGUCCCGGUGUGCGUGGUAGAGGAUCGUACCGACGACGGAGAAGAAGAAGGGGUAGUGUUAUCUUCGGUAUCCUCAGAGGAAGAGAAAAAAGAAAACCUUCAGAGGAGCCUUGACUGGAUCCGUAACGAGUUACAGGCCAUGAAGGAACAAGACCAACAUAUCGCACGACAACUUAUAACCAUACGACUGGAAAUUCAGCGAAUAAGGCUGCAGCGAACUGUUGUCGGUCACAAAACAAUACUGGAAAACGUCGCGGUCGACACACAGGAAGAAAAAGAAUGGUUUCUCGGGGGCGUAGAGCCUCCAGACCAUCUGCAGUUCGUGAUGGAGCCUCCGAGGGCGUUCCUUAGGGACAUGGGCCUUACGAAGCUCAACAUAACAAAGAGGAGGUUUUCUCUGAGAUAAAUAAAUAAUUCUAAGCUACAGGCCAGACGCACCGCAGACACAGCGCCUCCUGCCCUCAGCCGCUGCUGGUGCACCUCAUCAGCUCAGACCUCUGCAGCGACACUUGCUUAUCCCUCUUCCUUAUCUCUCUUCCUUAUCCCUCUUCCUUAUCCCUC